AUGGCUCAAGAAGACACAGUCAUACCAGAACACCAGCUGUCCGAGCGCACGCCAGUCAUUGCUUUCGACGGUGCUAUUUCCACGGUAACCAUCGCCCUGCCGAAUCGGUGUUUCGCCUUCUCCGUCACGUUCCUGCUCGACCAUCCAAAGCUCGUUUCGCUCGGGAAAGAGAAGCCCCCGCUUCACUUCCACCCCUACCAGGAGGAGUACAUUACCGUCACUGAAGGCUGUCUGGCAGUUGAGUGUAACGGCGUAGAACACACACUCACUCCAGCUGAUGGCGAGUUUGUGAUCCAGCCGUGGACCAAUCACAGGCUAUACCCGACGGCGCAGAGAGAUGGGCAAACGGUCACGCGCUUCUUGCUGAGCGGUAAGGAUACGGCGGAGACGUACAAGCUCGACGAACUGUUUUUCGAGAACUGGUACGGCUAUCAAGAUGCGGUAUUCGUGCAUGGAGAGCCGCUGAGCGUGGUGCAGGUCAUGUCAGUAAGUCGGGUGUUGCUGCUCGGGUCGGAUGGAACGAAGCGCUAA